AUGGGAGCGAGAGUGGGCGGGGCUGUGCCAGCUUGUGAGAGGGCUGCCGAGCAGCUCCGUGCAGGCUUCGACGUGCUGGACCUCUACGGCAACACAUGGGACCGUGCCAUGGAGGUGCUCGAGGCCUACAUCGAGCGGGGGGGCGCGCGCCCGCACCUCGUCACGGUCCAGGAGGCGCGGGUAGCCCAGUGGCGAGUGCCAGGGGACUUCAAGCACUGCAUGAUCGCCGAGGACCUGACCCACAAGGCUGGGCCUACUUCCAGUGUGAUGUGGGGGCGGACGGUUACUGGCGUGGCCGACGGAGAGUUGCGCGGUGGGCGAGUCACCGCGUGCCCCUGCGCGGGGCGGCUCCCCCGCGGCGCGGCCCUCGGCCUCAGGCUGCGGCGCGCGGAGCUCCGCAGGGGCCGCGGCCUGGACCCGCUCGUGCCGAUCACGGACAGCACGCUCCAGAUUCUUGCAGGGCGAUUGCACUCGGGCGAGCUCUCCCCGCCGAUGCUCAGGGGUGCGCUCGAGGCUGCAGCUUCGCGGCAGGCGUCAGCAGCGGCGCCCUGGGUGCACUGCGACUUCCCCGUGGAUGCAGCUGUCCUCACCCUGGGCAGGAUCGGCUGGCACUGCAGGUCCGAGCGGUGCCUCAUCACGGACGUCGGGGACGUGCUGGACUUGACGCUGAUGGGGCCGCGCGAGCUCGGCGUCGAGGCCAGCCUUGGGGCGAGGCGCGCCUCGGAUCGGCAUGAGAUGCGAAAGCUGGCCAGUGCCUCUUCUUUGUAUGGUUCCUUCCUGUGGGAUGCCUUCGAGGAGCUCAUCGGGCCAGGAGGCAAGCUCAGCGAGCGCGAGAGGAACGGGCUGGCCUCCCGCCUCACGAACGCGCACUGGCCGCAGGCGAGGCUCCACGGCGCCCGCGGAAGCGGCCGCGCCCGCUGCAGGCGCGGCGGAGCCGCGCGGGGCACCCUCUGGCACAGGGUGUUCGGGUGCCCCAUGCUUGCGGCCCAGCGGGGGGUGCUCGGCAGGCCGCCCGUCGACAAGCUCAAUGGCAAGUUGUACGUGGACGGCUCUUCGGUCGACCCGCAGUUCUGCGCCUUGGGGCGCGCGGGCUGGGCGAUUGCUCAAUGCGACGACGACGGCAGCCUCGCCGCGGGCGUCUACGGGACCGUCAGGAAGGACCUCCGUCCACAGCAAAUGGCUCGUGACGGUGAGGACUUCGCGGUCUGGCAGAUGGUGAACCACGCGGGCCCUGCAGUCAAGGAUGUCAACAUCGACUGCCACGGCACGGCCGAGUGCUCGCGCAAGGUGCUGGCCUAUGCGACGGGCCCGACCCAGGCCAACGCCCAUCUCUGGAGCAGGAGCCUCGCCGCCGUCGAGCCUGGCGGCCCCAGGGUGAACAAGGUGGCCGCCCACGGCAGCAGGCAGGCGGUGCUCGACGGGCGCAUCGCGGAGGCGCAGAGGCGCAGCAACCUGCGCGCCGACCGCCUAGCCAAGCUGGAAGCACGGCUGCACGCCGAGGACGCCCAGACCCUGGGCGAACACUGCGCCUUGGCGGGAUUCGCCCAGGAGCAGGCCCGCUGGGUGGGCCAUGCGGCGGUCUUCUGGCAGUACUUCGCGGAGAAGGACAGCGGCAGCUUCCUCGAGUCCGACGAGAGGCGGCGGGCGCGGUUCGCCGACCAGGAGGGGCGGGCCGAGCUGCCCACUCCAUGCAGGCCGACGGCGCAGCAGCCGCGAGUGGAGGGCGUCCGCUCGGUGGCCAGCGCGGUCGGCCUCUCCAUCACCACGGCUGGCAUCCGCGGCCGCUGCCACUCCCUGACGCACGCGUGCUGCGGCGUAGGCGGGGAGUCCCAGGAGCUGGUGGCGUGCGGCAAGUGCGGCGCCUACAUGGUCCUUGGAGGCCAAUCUGGAGGCCGCCCAAAGCUCAAGGAGCAGUGCAUCGGCGAGAGGGCCACGGGGCAGCGCAGCCAGCGCCGCCCUUGGGCUCGAGGGCUACACCCAAGUGGUCGACCACGCGGAGGUGAUCAGCAGCGCAGGGAGAAAGGUGCUGAAAUCCCCGCGCUGAGGCUGCAGGGGCCGCUACCCCCAGCGGCCCAAGAGGCCUUCAUGGCACGGCUGGGCCUCGAGGGAGAGGAGGCGCCCUCUGCAGCAGGUGGCAGCUCAGCAGCAGCAGCGUCGUGUGGUGCAGGCGGCUGCGAGCACUGGCCAACAACGAGGCCGACGGCGGCAGUGCAGCAAGGGACGGCGGGCAGCGCCCCGCGGGCCGCCGUGCUGGCCGCGCACGGCCUGGGUGUGCAGGACCUCGCCGAGCAGGCGCUGCCCGCCAACGCCGCCGCGGGGCGCCCGGCGCGGGGGGGGCCCGGCCGGCCCCGCGGCAUGGCCCCGGGCGCGGUGGAAUACACGCUGUCGCCGGGGCGCCUGCUGAUCGCCGUGGAAGGGGUGGCCAGGCUGAGCGACCUGGAGGACCUCGACGUGAGGGCCGACCGCGUAGUCUUCCGCGCCCUCGGCACGCAGGUUUGCGUCACGCUGCGCGCGGGUGCCAUCGACGUCGCCUCCUGCGCCGCCAGCUUUCGAAAGGGGCGCCUGCGCCUCACUUGGCAGCCCAGCGAGGACGAUGGCGUGGCCGGCGGCACCUGGGCCAGCCUUGUUGCGGCCGAAGAGGCCAAGGACGCCAGCGCCGCGGCCGGCGGUGCCACAGACUCCUCGCAGCCUGCCCAGGUCGAGGACGAAGCCGCCGCUGCCCGUGGCCCUGCCGGCGAGCGCCCCUCCGAGGCCCCAGCAGCGCCAAGCGAGGCAGCCGCCGCGGAGGCGCCGGAGGUGCUGUUCGAGCUGCGGGCGACCGCGGAGUGGGCGCUGCGCAAACUCCGGCAGCUCGAGGUGCCCGCCGGCGCCCGGGGCUCCGAGCGCUUCAAGGCGGAGGUGGGGCUCGCCGAGCUCGCGCUGCUGGCGGCCCGCUGCUGCCGGCUGGGCGCGCCCGCCGCGCUCGGCCCGCAGCUGCGGGCGGCGGAGGGCGGCGUCGAGCGGGCGCUGGCCGAGCGGGCGGCGGGCGGAGCUCCGGGCCCGGCGGUGCCGGCCGUCGUGGCGGCCGCGGAGCGGGCCCUGGGCGCCGUGGCCGACGCGGCGCCGCUGGCCGUGCCGCAGCCGGAGCCGCUCGGGCCGCCGCCCGCGCGGGGCAGCUCGGCGGGCCUCGCCGGCGCCCGGUGGAGGCUGGGCAGCGGCCGGCUGGUGGGCCCCGGCGUGGGCACGUGGAAGCUGUCUCGGGGAGAGCAGGCCGAGGAGAGCGUGCUCGCGGCGCUGAGGCGGGGCGCGCGCCACGUGGACACGGCGGCGGAGUACGCGACGGAGGCGGCGGUCGCCGAGGCCAUCCGGCGCUCCUGCGUGCCCCGGGACGAGGUCUUCGUCACGCUCAAGGUGGCCUCAGACACCGCCGAUGGGCUUCGGCAGACGCUGCGGGACUCGUGGCGCCGCUGGGGCGGGCAGUACGUCGACUGCCUGAUGCUGCACCGCUCGCCCGAGGCCGACCAGUCGCUGGGGGAGGUUUGGGCAGUCAUGGAGGCAGAGGUGCGCGCCGGGCGCGCCAGGUCGCUCGGCGCCUCGAACGUGACGCUGGUGCAGCUGAGGGCGCUGGUGCGCGACAGGCCACCCGAGCUGCGGCCAGCCAUGGUGCAGCUGAAGUGCUCCGUGUUCCACCAAGGCGGCUACUUCCACGAGGAGAGCAGCGGACCGUCCGCGCUGUGGCGCUUCCUCCGCGACAGCGGCAUCGUGCCGGUCGGCGUCUCGCUCUUCAACCCGCUGCACUCGUGCGCCGCGCCCCUGGAGGUGCCCCUGGUGGCCGCGUGGGCCUCGGAGGCGGGCUGCUCUCCCGCCGAGCUGCUGGCGCACUGGGCCGUGGCGAUCGGCGUGUGCCCGCUGGUGCGCUGCUCGCCCCUCCACGCCGCGAUCUUCGAGAGCGGGCUGCGCCUGCCCCCCCGGCUCGUGUCCGCGCUGUCGAGCCUAUCGUCGCUGACCGAGUGCGACUGCUGCCCGGCCGGCCGCGACCCGCUGGGCCUGCGGAGCCGCGGGGCGCCACGGCGGGCGGCGCGCAGCGGCGAGGCGCUGCGGGGGCGGGCGGUGGAGGUACACUCGCUGGAGUCCGAGGGCGGGCGGGCGCUGAACGGGCAGCGCGGCCGCCUCGAAGACUUCGACGACGCCAGCGGGCGCUGGCAGGUCCUCCUCCUCCUCCUCCCUCCUCCUCCUCCUCCUCCUCCUCUCCUCCUCCUCCUCUCCUCCUCCUCCUCCUCCUCCUCCCCCCCCCCCUCUUCCUCCUCCUCCUCCUCCUCCUCCUCCUCUCCUCAUCCUCCUCCUCCUCCUCCUCCUCCUCCUCCUCCUCCUCCUCCUCCUCCUCCUCCUCAGGCUACUUUAACUCCUCCUCCUCCUCCUCCUCCUCCUCCUCCUCCUCCUCCCUUCUCCUCCUCCUCCUCCUCCUCCUCCUCCUCCUCCUCCCUCAAGUAA